AUGGAGGCUGAUUUAGCGAAAAUAUUGAGAGAGUAUGCGUUGGAUAGGAAACUAACGGAGCAUACUGAGGAUUUUCAGAGUAAGUUAUGGCACGAUAUGCAAACACAAAUGCAGAUUUUUAUUACGGAUAUGAACGAUCCAAAUGCAGAGGAACAUGCUGCUAACUGCGGUAAUGCAUACUGGGAACAUCCACUAGAGCACGGGAUGACAGACCAACCACAAAGGAAGAUGGAUCGGAGCAAAGAACGAGUUAUAUGCAGACUCAUGACGCAAGCGAUAUACUUUGCAAAUGCAUGGACUGACGCAGCACGGACAAACGCAGAGGAGAACGAGGGGAAGGAUAAGGAAAUAAAGGGAAUAAUGAGAUGCACCAUAGCGGAUAUAUACCAAGAUAUACUGAGGGAAGACUCGUGCGAGGGUCACUGGGGCACAUAUUACGCAUGGUGGGUGGUGGACCACAUGUGGCCAUCAAUGAGCGACAUGUGGGGCCAGCAGCAUUGUAAGCGCGGUAUGUACAAGCAGAUAGAUUUGAAGACUUGGAACACGAGGAAUAAGAUGAAGGACUGGCUGAAGCAGAAUGAACAGAUGAAGAAGAAACUUGAGCACGAACAAAUAAGCGGGGAGUGUAAGGGAGCACAGGUAAAGCUAGCGGUCGGGAAGACACAGGAGGAAAAAGACAAGAAAGAAGACAAACAAACGAAAGAUGAAGUAACGAAGAAGGUUACAGGAAUUUUGAAAGAACUGCAGCAGGAAAUGAAGCAGGAGGAGCAACGAUUAAGGCCGUCCGGUGCGUCAGCACCCACGUACCCUUCUGGGGCAGAGGCAGACGAUAAAAGGCAUGAAGAAAUCGAGGGGGUAAUGAACCAAGCCAUCGAGCAAGUGAAAGCGCAAUUAAACGCAGUGAUCGUUCAUCCCGCCUCCGCCAAACCCGCCCCUACCAAACCCGCCCCGGCCCAGCCGGCAACCACAAAACCGGCAGAUGCAGCAGGAGGAGACCAGGAAGCGGCGAAGCCCUCGGCACCAUCACCAGAAGGCACAUCAGGAAAAGGGAGUACAGGGGGAAGUCCGUCACAAGGAGCACGAAACACAGACGUAGGAAGAACACAUCCAUCGGGAGCAGAAGACCCGGUAGGGAAACCGCCGGGGUCCGCGGCACCAGGAGCGCAACCGCAAGCACCGGCAUCCCCAGUAUUACCAGCACCUGCAGCAGGGGACACGGCAUCCACGGGACAAGGACCGGGUCAAGGCCCAGGACCUGGACAACAACCCCCACCUCCACCACCACCACAGGCAGGAUCAAAGAAUGCAGGUAAGAAGUCUAAGACAACAUGUGAGAAAGUUGUGAAGAAGCAAGAAAGCAGGAGCAUAGACAAGGACGGUAAUCAGGCAAGUGUGGAAAUUUCUUUCUUAACACCACCCUCCACACCUGAAUGCACGGACCCGCACAAAGACGUGGAUGUCACAGGCGAUGCCGUGCCCGAUGGAGGCAGUAGCGUCAACGAUGACCCCCCUCCUCUCAAUCCACCCAAACCUAAACCCAACCCGAACCCAAAUCAAUCGGAUGGUGUUUCUGGUGGGAAAGCAAAGGGAGGUGCAAGUGGGAGAGGUGCCGAAGUUGGUGGUGGUGGCGACAGAGGAGGUUCCUCUGGACCUGGUUCUACUGGGGCCCAACACCCUGGUUCAUCCGGACCCGGCUCCACUGGGACUGUUGACCCAGGUUCCUCAGGACCAGGUUCCGCUGGUACUGGAACCACAGGACAAGCUCAACCUGGAGGUAGUCAGGAAGGACCAAGAGCUGCACCAAAGGAAGAUACUGGAAGUGGUUUAACAAAAACAGAAGACAAGAAAGAACUAAUGAAUGACCAAGGCACCUUCUGGCCCGGCCUCACGUGGGAAGAUGUCAAGUCGUACACCCCCGCGCUUAUGCCAGCAGUGGUUGGUAUUGGCGUCAUUGCCUUUUUCCUAUGGAAAGCGAGUACACUAGGCACAUCAUCGGGUGAUGGUACAAGCCAAUAUGGCACGGUACGUGAAAUUACAGAUGGAAGUGCAGUUGGAACAACCAGCGUGUCGUUGAGUGAUGCAACGGAUGCAGGCAAACGGGGGAAGCGUAAUUUUUACGACGGCCCUGCGACAGAUCGCCCGAAGGGCACGUUGUUCGAUGACAUGAGGAGAAACUUAAAGUGCGCAGACAAAGUAAAGAAGCCGCAGCACAAAAAGAAGACAAUGCAAGAUAUAACUGCAGCGAACAGUUGUAGAAGAGGUGUCAAGAAAUGGACACGUUGUAAAAUGGGAAGAAAAGCAUGGUUGGGGCUUGUAGUAGUGUCCACAGUCCUGUAUGCAUUCUUUAUGCCCAUUAUGCAAAAGCUCAUUGUGGGGCAAACCACUGGAAUAGCAUACCUUUUUUUGGCGCUCACGAACAUGUAUGGAAUACCCAUACUGAUUGUAAUUGUCUAUUGCUGCGUGCUAGCAGCGUUCUGCUGCUCCAAGACAGGGAAAUGUUUAUUGGAUAAAAUUUGGAAGAAGAAGGAGAAGGAGGAAGUUGCCACAGAAACGGAAACAAAAGGAGUAAAUGAGGAGUCGAAGAAGACGUAA